AUGACAAACGAAUAAACUGCCGCUUUCAUUUUCAAACCCUAGGAAACAUCUAUUCUUCGAGCAACAACAAUGGCGAUCCUCCCAACUGAGAUAAUCACUGAAAUCCUCUCUCGGUUGCCGGUAAAAUCACUUCUCGACUUGAUAUUCGUCUGCAAAUCAUGGUACUCCUUAAUCAAAUCUCCUAAUUUCGUUAAACUUCAUCUCAAUCAAACGCUAAUUUCCAAUUCCGAUCGUUAUCUCCUCCUUUCUUACUCUUCUGUUAAUUCUUCUGAUGAAGAAAACCUCCAUAAUCAUCUCGAUUUCUCGGAUAUCGACCUCAACCAUAAUCACUUGGUAUUCUGGGACCUCGACCACCCUCUCAAACACCAUGAAGUCAACUUGAUUGGUUCUUGCAACGGAGUUGUUUGUAUCUCUGAUAAAUCGAAUACCGAUUUCUUCUUGUUUAAUCCCCUGACGAAAUCCCAACGUAAACUCCCACCCAAUAAUAUUGGUCCAAAUCCUUUGAAUAACGAGACCUUGGUGUUCGGGUUUGGUUACGACAGUGAAAACGAUGAUUAUAAGGUUUUGAGGUUAGUGCAGAACUGUUAUUACACCGAGAUUAACUACAGUAAGGCUGAAGUUUAUAGUUUGAGGAACAAUUCAUGGAAAUGUGUCGAAGGAAUUCCAUAUUUUCUCUUGUUUUUGUGUCGUAAUGGUAUUUUUGUUAAAGAGGGUAUACAUUACAUCGUGGUUACUAAGGAACUGCAAAUGACAUGCAAGUUGAUUGCCUGUUUCGAUUUUAAGACCGAGACUUAUUCACUUAUGGAAUGCCCAGAUUAUGAGGAUAAGCUGGGUGCGUGUUUGGAUAUGGGUGAGUUGGAUGGGUGUUUGUGUUUGUUGGUUAUGUAUCGUACAAUACUUCCUGUUGACCCUCCGGAGAUUCCUGAUGAUAGAAUUGAUUUUCGAAUGAAUCGUGCUGAUUUAUGGGUGAUGAAGAAAUAUGGUAAGAAAGAGUCUUGGGUUAGGUUGUUUAGCAUUCGCCAACCGCAGAGUAUUGGGAUGUAUCUACAGAUUAGGACUAUUGUUUACUCUAAAGAUAGGGGGAGGAUUUUGUUAGAGGUUGAUCGUUUAGGGCUUGGUUGGUAUGAUUUGGAGACUCAAAGUUUUAAUAUGUUUAGGGGACUACGGGAAGCAACAAUAUCUUCGGGGGUUUUCGUAGGUAGCCUUGUAUCUUUGGGGAAUGACAAGCUGAAGUCAGAAGCUGGUACCAUACCCUCAAUGCCAAGGAAUAACACAAGGAGGAAACAUGUGGAUAAUUUUCUUUCUACAGGAUUCAAGCUCAAGCUAUGACCUAAUUGAGCUACCGCUUGGACUUAGUUCAGAAUUGUGUAUUGAGUCAAUUAAGUGACAUUGAGGCGGCCAUUGGACCGAGGAGCACUGGAUAGAUGAUUACAAUAUGACUGUUUGUUGGAGCUAUUUACAAUGCAUCAACUUGUACUGCCUUGUAUGGCCUCUGCAUAACUUUACUGUUAGCAAUUUCUGGUGUUAUUCCCCCUUGAUUUUGCUUGUGGUGCUCGGUAUUUUUCUUUCUUUACGCUUGGUAUGGUGAAAACUUUGAUGCACAAUGCAUUUUACCUAUUAGUGAUCUUUUGAGUGAAAUUCAACUUGAGCACGCAACCACUGUUAACUUGUUUCCUUGCUCAAGUGCUAGAUAUGAUAUAAAUGCAAAAUCCACAUUUUACAUG